UUGGUGGCUACAGUAGGAGGACAGGCUGAGCUUAGCUGCCAGUUGUCCCCACCACGAAGUGCACAACACAUGGAGGUGGGCUGGUUCAGGGGUGGCCAGUCCAAGCUUGUUCACCUCUACAGAGGUGGCCAGGAAGUGAGAGGAGAAGCUGCCCCAGAAUAUGUGGGCCGCACAGAGUUUGUGAAAGAGGCCAUUGGGGAGGGCAGAGUGACUCUCAGACUUCAUAACAUCAGCAUUUCUGAUAAUGGACCAUACCAGUGUUCAUUUAAGGACAGUGACUUCAAUGAUGUGGCCAGCAUGAACCUGAGUGUAGCAGCAUUAGGCUUAGAGACACAGAUCCAUGUUCAGGCUCCUGGCGCCAAUGGGCUCAUGGUGGAGUGUGACUCAGGAGGCUGGUUCCCACAGCCCCAGAUGGAGUGGAGAGACAACAAGGGAGAGGUAGUUCCACAUUCAUCAAAAUCCUAUUCGAAGGAUGGAGCCGGAUUAUUCCACAUGAAGAUGACUCUUCUCCUCAGAAACAAAUCACAGGGCAAUAUGAUUUGCUACAUUUGCAACCCUCUAAUAGGUGAAGGUAAACAGACAAAUAUCGUCUUAGCUG